AUGCCAAAAGCAGCCAUGUUUGUUCCUUAUGGAGAAAGUGGAUCUGGAAGCUAUGGAGCCACUCUUGGAAACCUACAUGCUGGAUAUAUAGAGCCAAUACACUCUAAAGUUUUCAAAUUAGCCGUUUCCAUUCCUUUUCCAAAAGGUUCAGUGUUCAGCAUAGGAGAUUAUGGCACAGCAGACGGUGGUAGUUCCAUGGUCUUUCUUGGGAGACUAUUAGAAUUCCUUAAAGAACGACACGGCCCUGAUACCCAGUUUCAGGUUAUUCAUGAAGAUCAAGGUAGAAAUGAUUUCAACUCACUCUUCCGACGCUUGACAGGAAUUAUUCCCGAGCCGCCAUCCUACCUCUUGUCGAUGGACAACGUGUAUGCUUUUGCUUGUGGAACAGACUUCUACAAACAAUGUGUACCUUCUAAUUCCAUGCAUUUCAUCAUGUGCAUGAUGUCCGUACACUGGCUGUCUCAACCGCCCACAGUUUAUAGGGACUCCAUCUACGUUUGUAACGACAGCCUUGAGGAAGAAAGGGAGCUUUGA